UUGUUUCUGUCAGUCUCUUUAUCCUAUUGGCUAUUUGUUUUGUUCCGGCUAAGAUGGCGGCGGUGAGAGCAGUGAGGAGCUGGAACCGGUCAUUAGGCCGUUUGGUCAGUUUGCGGGAGGUGAAUGUAUGCAGCAGGCGCCGGCUGCUCGCGCUGUCAUGCCAUCGCACGCCUUACUCCGGGGGCCUACAGAAUGCGCAUUACAGGCUCUUCAGGACCACCUCUGUUGUGAAUGGUCAGAUCAUGCAGUUCAAGCUCUCAGACAUUGGCGAAGGAAUCACAGAGGUUACAGUGAAGGACUGGUACGUGAAAGAAGGCGACACGGUCUCUCAGUUUGACAGCAUCUGUGAGGUGCAGAGCGACAAAGCCUCGGUGACCAUCACCAGCCGCUACGAUGGUGUCAUAAGGAAGCUGCAUUACAACGUAGAUGACACGGCGUUUGUGGGAAAGCCUCUCGUAGACAUUGAGACGGAUGUUUUAAAAGAUGUGGCUCCUGAAGAAGAUGUUGUGGAAACACCUGCAGUGUCUCAUGAAGAGCACACACACCAGGAAAUAAAGGGACAUAAGACCUUAGCCACUCCAGCAGUUCGACGUCUCGCAAUGGAGAACAACAUAAAACUUAGUGAAAUUGUCGGCACUGGGAAGGACGGACGCAUCCUCAAAGAGGACAUUCUUAGCUUUUUGGCCAAACAGACUGGGGCCAUACUUCCACCAUCUCCGAAGAUGGAGAUCAUACCACCUCCUCCAAGGACAGAUACCACCAAGCCUUCUGCGUGGGAAAAGGUUACCAGCGUUCCUGCUGCUUUCGUUAAACCCGCUGUAUUCACAGGAAAAGAUGUCACUGAACCUUUGAAAGGGUUCCACAAGGCAAUGGUCAAGACAAUGUCUGCAGCACUGAAGAUUCCUCACUUUGGUUACUGUGACGAGAUAGACAUGACAAGGCUUGUUGAGCUUAGGAAGGAUCUGAAACAUGUGGCCGAAGCACGUGGAGUCCGUCUAUCCUUCAUGCCGUUUUUCCUGAAGGCAGCCAGUCUGGGUCUGCUACACUACCCAAUACUUAAUGCUUCAGUGGAUGAGGCCUGCCAGAACAUCACCUACAAGGCUGCUCAUAAUAUUGGGGUUGCUAUGGACACGGCCCAGGGUCUCAUUGUCCCUAAUGUGAAAAACGUGCAAGUCCGAAGUAUCUUUGAGAUCGCUGCUGAGCUGAACCGAUUGCAGAGUUUGGGAUCGACUGGUCAGCUUGGUGCCACGGAUCUCACAGGGGGAACAUUUACCCUGUCCAACAUUGGAUCGAUUGGGGGUACAUAUGCUAAACCCGUUAUAUUACCUCCAGAGGUAGCAAUAGGAGCCAUUGGAAAACUGCAGGUGGUUCCAAGGUUCGAUGCCAAGGGUCAGGUUGUGAAGGCUCAGAUUAUAAACAUCAGUUGGUCAGCAGACCAUAGGAUUAUCGAUGGUGCAACAAUGUCUCGAUUCUCUAACCUAUGGAAAUCUUACCUGGAGAAUCCGUCUUCCAUGCUAAUGGAUCUGAAAUGAGACCGGAGGGAAUGCUGACAGCCCCAAAGAGGAAAAACACCUCCUCUUCCCCUUCUUUAAGGGACACUAAACUCCUCUCCUACCCCCCGAAAAAUACCUCAGGCUGCUUGUCGUUCUCCUGGCCAGCAGACACAAAUGUGAGUGGAGGGUUUAUGUGGCGUGACACCAGGGUCCAGACAAAUGAUAUGCCGAGACUUUAACCCCUUCUCUUCCAGGACAGCAGCAAUGCAAGCACCGUGGGAUUGCUUUUCAAUGUGGUUAGUCCACUUGGCAGUGAAAGGGUUAAAGUGAUGGUUGGUAUCUCAAGUCUAACGAGGCUGUGACAAACACACACUCGAGAUUUCUGAGACUGUUAAGAGCCACUGGGACCACGCAGGUGGAAUGCUUCUUCUGAUCUAACUGUAUUUUAAUCAUGUGUUGAGAUUGUGUGGGUAUAAAUGCUUUGCGGAUGUAGCAGACUAAGACUUCCCUGGCUAGAACGCAGUCAGGAGCUAGCGAGGAAAAUACCAGAUCUAUCAUGUUAUUUCAGGGAAGUGUAGUUUUCUCAAGUGAGUCUUGUGAUCUGGAGUAAAUCAUAACACUCCUAGUCUGGAACAUUCUACGUCAGAAUGGGGUGUCGUGAUUGGUCACAGCCUUCUUCAGGGACUGCAUUUGAGCACCCAGUGAUAGGUCAUUAAAAAGGGAUGGAGUCCUUCUUGGAAGGCCUAUCUCCCAUGCUGUUACACUACGCACAGACCAAUAAACAGUAUGUUGAUUUAAAUGGAUAAAAAAAUAAUAAUUGACUAAUCAUUUUAAAUUGUCCUGGAGCAGAAUUUCAUGCCUGCACUCCAUUGACCCAGUACUGUUCAAAACGGAUAUUAAUAAAGGUUGGGGUUAUUGGAACGCA